AUAAUUGCAGCAAGCACGCUGAGUAUCUCAUCCUGAUGAAAUUCUGAUCUUCCUGAAAGAGAAAGUGGGAGAGAUGGCAGGACCGGCAAGACCUCACUUCGUCCUCUUCGGAUCCUCCAUUGUCCAACUUAGUUUCAGCAACGGCGGUUGGGGUGCUACCCUCGCUGACAUCUACGCUCGCAAGGCUGACAUAUUUUUGCGAGGAUAUUAUGGAUGGAAUUCACGACGGGCUAUUCAGGUCCUUGAUAAAGUUUUCCCAAAGGAUGCUGCUAUACAUCCCUCUCUGGUGAUAGUUUAUUUUGGUGGUAAUGAUUCAAUGGGACCUCACCCAUCUGGCCUUGGCCCUCAUGUUCCGCUAAAUGAAUAUAUUGAGAAUAUGAGGAAAAUAGCAACUCAUCUGAAGAGCCUUUCAGAUUCAACACGCAUCAUUUUUCUUAGCUGUCCUCCUGUUGAUGAGGCCAGAGUUCAUCAAAACACAAGCGGAGUCUUUAGCCACCUGGUACGAACAAAUGAGUUAUGCAGAAUGUAUUCAGAAGCUUGUAUACAGCUGUGCCAGGAAUUGAAUGUGAAGGUGGUUGAUCUUUUUACUGCUCUUCAGAAUAGAGAUGACUGGACAACUGCUUGUUUUACAGAUGGAGUUCAUUUGUCAUCUGAAGGGAGCAAAAUACUUGUGGCAGAGAUAUUGAAAGUAAUAAAGGAAGCUGAGUGGCAGCCAUCUUUACACUGGAAGUCCAUGCCAACUGAAUUUUCAGAGGACUCUCCAUACUAUCUAGCUGGUGCUGAUGGUACAACCACUUUAAAUCCUUCUGAGUGGACAGUUCACUGGGAGAUUCAAUGGGACUAGACUGUGGAAAUGUCUUAACACUGCAUAGUUCAAAAGAAAAAAAAAAAAAAACUAUCUAUAUACCAUGCGUUAAAAAAAAAAAAAUUGAUUAAAGGAAUGAACUUGGAGUAAGAUUUUAAUGUAAUUGCUUCUUAUGCAGUCAUGCCUAUAUAUAGUGAUUAUAAGUCUUAGUAGAUAAAAGUAUGAAACUUGA